AUGGAUGAGGCGCGCGCCCACGGCGCCGGCUACUUCGCCUUCUCGCAGGACGCGGCGGAGCGGGCGCGCCAGCAGGCCCAGCUGGACGAGCUGCGCCAGCAGACCGAGGCGCAGAAAAGCACGGCCGACCAAGCCAAGAAGCGCAAAAACAAGCAGCUCAAGGACAGGCUCCGCAAGAUGCGCUGGAAAGGGAACAGUCAGCAGAUGAAGACGAAACGCCAGCUCCGGUGGCUGCUCCCGCCUGUACCGACGCAAGAGGAGCUGGACAAGAAGGCGGAGCAAGACAGACGGGAGGAGGAAAGGCAGAAGUUUAUCCGAGAAUGGGAUCUUGGAAAGGAGGGCGUCUCCAAAAGGCCACUGCUGACCCAGGAACAGUGGGUGGAGCAGCAGCGGCAGGAUCGGAGGCCAGAGUUCGCCCCGCCGACUCAGUACGAGCCGGGCAGGCGGGGCCGCGGCCGCCAGGGCCCCACCGCCGCCGCCGCCACCGCCACAUCGGCGGCGAUCCCAGAGCUGCCGCGGCGGCUGGAGGAUGGCGGCUGCAGGACGGUGGCGCCACCUGCCACGGCCGAGUACUUCGGCGGUGGUGGCCGCGGGCGGCGCGGCCGGCCCCCCGCGCCUGCCGACAUCGGCGACGCGAUAGAGGCCGGUCUGGCGCUGCUCAGCGACGACACUGAGAAGAAACACAGCAAAACGUUCGACCUGUAG